AUGUCUCACCUGCUUGCCAACCCCAUGCAGAGGCCCUACCUCUUCGAGCUUCCCCGCCCUGCCCAUCCCCUCACUCCACCAGACACCGAUAACGAGUUUGCUACCCAGCCAUUCCCGUCUGCCCCUGUAGCAAGCACCUCGCAUGCCGCAGACCAGGAUUUCACCACCUCCGCCGAAGCUGCGACUCCAUUCUAUCGUAAGCCGUCCUCUUUCGCCUAUGUGAACUCUGGCUUCCGCGAGCAACGCGAGCGAGUCCCUCCCCGGAGCUUGAUCAAAUGGCUUGUGGUCGUGAUUCCCCCUGCUUCCUUCACUCGAGAGCAUGGCCACCUUGGGCACACCCUGUCUACGGGCUCCCCCAACCGAUUGUCCCAGGGCAUUCUCAUGCCGUUGUUCCCCACUAUGGGUGGUCAGCUCGCUGCUAUCGCGCGCGAGUUCAGCAUGCCGAGCACGGCAGGGAUCUGCCUGUACCUGCAUACCACGCACAACAGCAUUGCGCUGUAUCCGCGGAUCUCAGACGAUACUUGGCAUAUCCUAUGGGCUCAUCUUUUCGAGGCAAGAUCCCCCGCCCCGGCGCAACAACAACUGCCCAUCAGCGGUCAAAUAGAAUUCGACAUUGAUCUAAUGAAGGCUCGCUGGUAUGAUUCCUGGAUAGCCUCACCGAGACGGGAGUUUGCGGAUGUACCUCACUCCGUUGCGCACUCGCGUCGGCAGUCAAUGACACACUGGCGAGGGGACAGCAGGACGACAUUCUUAGACGACCAGGCAGACGAACAGCUGGACAACAUCUCCAUCGUGCAGCAGUCGAGAGGUGUGCCGAAUGCACCGAGACUUGGGCCCAAGAAGCUGUCUUUACUUGACCGGUUUGAUGCCUCGUCCGCCAUCUCCGGUAUGAAACCUCCCCGUCAUCUGUCGCCUCACAGCCCCACCGAUGAGGCGCACAUGCGCAUGCUGUCCCCAAUAGCCCAGGCCGAAGAACCGAAGACCGCGAAGAAGGACAUUGACUCAUUUGUUACUUCAUGGCGCGCGUCCGCAACCCUAGCUGCCAGUCCGCUGGCCGCCACUGGGCAGACGAGCCUUGACCCUGCCAACAUGCCGAACACCAUCGCAGACUUCAUGACGGCGAACACGCCUGAUGAUCACUCCGAGCUCAAUCUCGACGACUAUGCGUGGUCUGUGUCUUCUAUGGGCCCUCCCGAUUACGACCUCGACGAUGACGCGGAGUCCUUCGCAUGGCGUCUGCCUUCACCUGACCUCGCGAGGCGUACUAUGUCCGAUGUACCUCCGACGCCGUCUACCGCCACGAGCUGGGGUGCUCCGUUAUCGUACCCGCCAUCGCCAGUCGACAACCACUCCAUGUAUGCGCCCUCCAUCGACAUCGCAGGGCGUACCAUGUACAGCCGGCCUGUCACGCCGGCCACUGCAACCUCCUGGGGCCCCGGGUCGUACCCCGCGUCGCCAGCGUUCUACCAACCUGAACUCCGCGUACCGUCCCCCGACCUUGGCGCCCGCGGCAUGCUGAGUGUCCCCCCAACGCCCGCGACAGCCACUUCCUGGGGAGCGCCAUCCUAUCCGGCGUCCCCCGCACAGAGCGACUUCCGCGCGCCCUCCCCGGACCUCGGUGCGCGCGGCAUGCUCAGCGUGCCGCCGACGCCCGCGACUGCGACUUCGUGGGGCGCACCAUCGUACCCGGUGUCGCCGGCAUACAGCGAGUUCCGUGUGUCCUCACCAGACCUCGGUGCACGAAUGCUAAGCGCACCUGUGUCUCCGCUUCCGUUCAGGCGGCGCGAACGCGCGGUGGAAGUAGAGGGCGAGGAGUCGCCAAACACGCCGUCGAGGAUGGUAUUCCCGUACUAUCACGCACCAGCGCCGGCGUGGCAGCAUGUCUGGCCGUACGAGAGUGCGCAUGAGGAUCAGCCGUCCCAUGAACCGUCCUUCCACAACGCUCGGCCAUCGCAGGGCAAUCCCAGCCAAGGACGCCCGGCGAGGCUUGCAUUCCCGUACUACACCCCUUCGGCGCAAGUAUGGCUUCACGUGUGGCCGUACACAAGGGAGGUAUCCAAACCGGCUGCGAGCAGUGCUCCGAGGUCGCCCACCUGGGAGCAUGUAUGGCCGUACACGAAGGCAGAGACAUCCUCGAAGGUCAACACAAGUUAUGCGUCGUCUGGCUACCCGUACAUUGUGCUAUACCCGGCCGUGUACCCCAACUUCGACAUCUAUCCGCUCACUGUCAGAAUGGACGGCAGGAGUCGUGAGGUCUCUGUUCGGCUUACGGCAGUGUACCCUGCUCUCCAGAUGUAUCCUGCGGUGUAUCCCAACUUUGACAUCUAUCCCGCUAUUGCGGGCGCGAUUGAACAUCGAACGUCAGUACAGAAGGAGUCGCGCGAGAUGCAGGCCCUGGCUCCUCCGCGGCUAGCUCAGUAUCCCGAGUUCAACCUGUAUCCUCCCGUCUAUCCAUGGAAUCUCGUGGAGAUCUACCCUGCUCGACGGAUGGCAGGAAGCCUUUCCACGGUGCAGGCCAUCGAUGUACGCUUGCCUGUUAGGUAUCCUACUUUUGACCUUUACCCUGCGGUAUAUCCCCACAGUGUGCAGAGGAUCUAUCCGACCGUUCGCCCCGGACCCCGUGCUGAACACGUCUUGAUACCUUCGCCUUCGGCCAUUGUGGUGGCUUUACCUGUCUCGUAUCCUCGGUUUGAUAUUUAUCCUGCUGUGUAUCCCCACAACCUCACUAUCUAUCCAUCGGCAACUGAGGACCGACAGUCUCAGGUCAUAGUUACAAAACUGCCAGUGCAUUACCCUAGCUUCGAGAUCUAUCGCCCGGUAUAUCCUCACAGCCUGUCUUACAUCUAUCCCUCGAAGACCUUGCAGGAGAAGAGCCCACUGCCCACGUCAUCAGUGGCAACCGCAGGUAUUGUGUCUUCGGCUUUUUCUAGAACCUACCCGGACCUUGUUUUGUAUCCCUCUGUGUACCCAUGGAACGUCUACGAGAUCUACCCGUCGCGAGAGACCGCUAGCCGGAGCACUCCCCGACGUGCGGUAGGCUCGGUGCCCAUCAUACUAGAAGCACGCUAUCCCGAAUUCAACAUCUACCCCGCUGUCUAUCCCUUCAAUUUGGACAGGAUCUACCCCACCAUUGGAACCCCUUCGGAACAGUCUAUGAGCAACACGCUGCGUGCCUUGUAUCCGCAUCUAGAAAUCUAUGCCCCUGUGUAUCCUCACAACCUCGCUCACAUCUACCCUCCUAUCCGCAUCGCGUCCCCAAUCCCAGCUCGAGUUCCAUCCACUUCUCAGCGCAAGGGCAUAUGGGUGUCGUUGGUCUCGUCGUAUCCCUACAUCUGCCUAUAUCCGCCUGUCUAUCCUUCUAUGGUGAUUUAUCCGGAAGUUGCCUCAGCCGAGCCCUCACAAAGAAGCCGGGAGCCGAAGAUAGUCGUGAAUUACCCUGCAUUUGACAUUUAUCCGGCGGUGUACCCAUUCAUCCGGGUUUAUCCAACCGUUUGGAGAUUCAAUGAAGCCACAAAGCCUUCGCCCAGGAUGAUUGCGAAGACUCCGUUGAGUGCCCCUCGACGCAAGCCAAAAUUCACCCAUAUGGACUUGCACGAACAGGUGUUCGGAACAGCUCCUGUAGAGGAUAAACCUGUUACGGUCCAGCCGUCUACAUCGCCGUUGCAGAGGGUACAACAGGAGUCUAGCACGUCGGCCCACUUGCGUUCGCGUUCUCGAUCAGGAACAGUCAGUAUGCGCCCGAGCCCUCCUCCAAAGCCCGCGGAUAUAUCAAGCUCGAAGAUAGCCGGACCAUCGUCUCCUGCACCGAAUCCUGCAACGUCUGUUACUCCAAGGCUUCCGAUCACUCAUGCUGGCAGGCGACCGGUAUCAACGAUCGGGUUGCCUUCACAUCCUGCGGCUAAUCGCAGAAUGUCUGUGCUGGCGGCGAAGCCCAGGUCGACUACGCCUACGACCCUGCCCACUGUAGUCGAGCCUCAGGAGUCGGCAGAGCCAUCUCGACAGCGGCAAGUUCCGUCAUCGUAUUCUACGACCGGCGCCGCAAACUUGCGGUCAAUCCCUCGUAUCGAUGUCGAUGGACCGCCACAAGACGCAUCCACAGGGCAGUCGGUAUCUGCCACACUACCCUCAAAGCUGAUGUCGACAAACACGGGUGCCGAGCUCAACCGGGCAAAGACCCUCCCUGGACGACGGGCUAGCGCGGUGAUGCAGAGAGCACGGGCGUUUAAUCAGCCCAAUUCCGCCUCGACUGACGAUCCACCAGCGCGGAUAACGAUGUCGACAUUGUCACAGUUUCCGACACCUCCGCGGCCACCGGUUCCACCGGUUCCAUCAGGCAGACCGGUGUCGAAAUUGGAUCGGUCGAAGUACCCAUUCUCAUGACUGACAGUUCCCGUCGAGAUUUAGUAUCUACUUCGUUGUGCAAUUGCCUAGCUUUGUAAUAGAGGCUGCUCGAGGUCUCUAGAGGAAGUCAUGCGACGUCAGGCAGGCUCAUGUUCCCCUGAGGACUCGCCGUCGUCCAAUGCCUUGCUGUCGCGCCUCAAAUCAGCUAGCGUUUUGACG